ACUCCAACUCAAGGUGAGCGGUGCAGCCCAUCCCAUACCUUGCCUGCGUCCCUGGAUAGCGACACAGACCUCCGUCAGCUUCAGGUGCCAUAGAUGCCCGAAGCUCUGCAGGCAGCUCAGGAGAUCCUGAUGCUCCCGGUGCCACCCACACCGGCUCCGGCGGUACCCAGGUCUCGGGGUAAACCCGCCUUGGGACCUCCGCAUACAUCCCCACCUCAGCGGCACCAUUCCCGAUCGCGAGGGACGUCCCGCCACCGCUCUCCCACCCAAAGUCGUCACACCUUAGAGCCAGAGAGGCUGGUUUAGCGGAACCCUUUUCGGUCCCCGGACCUUGGGCAUCAACAGCGGGAUUUGAGGCGUACCUCGCCAGUAGCCUGACGCAAAACCACCGAGGCACGUACCCCCCGGCAGGAGCACCUAGACCGACCCCUCGCGUUGCCAAGAGCUCGGGACUGAUCGGGGGACCGAAGCCACUGGUCAUCAGCAUGCUGUCAUCAGUCUCCGAGACGGGGAUCACCAUAUUCGGGAAGAUCCUCCCGGCAACCGACUCAUGAUAGCUCCCAGUCCCACUCAAUUGAAAUCAGAUUUUUUGAAUUAGCUCUACUUUUGGUCUGGUGCUCAGCUACUACAGUUGUGGGGAAACAAUGAAGACUCUAGAUAGCUUUUGCUGUUCACCUCUCUGACGUCAUCCCAGUUGCUUUGCUUAUCCCUCAUCUUUAAGGAGUGUAGAAGAGUGCAUCUUGUAUGCUGAAAAAGCAUCUUCUCAACUAGAUAUAGAAGUAUGGCUAUGACACACUGGGUUUCUCGGAACUACUCUCAGGAAUUUUGUAUUGAAAUUGCGUCUUGUCUAAUGAACAUUCUGGUCUGGAGAGCUUGGGUCAGUCUUUCUUGAUGGAUCAUUGAUGCUGCAAGCACAUUUUUGUUCUUUCUUUCAUCUCUUGCCACCUUUGUUUUGGCCAUUUGCAGGUCUGAUGGAAGAUAACCUAGUGGCCUGAAGAAGUAGUCAAUCUGUAGCUGGAUGAUACCCUGUAGUUACAUAUAGUUGAAUUGGCUAGGAUGUGCCAUCUGGUCCAGAUGCAACUCACCAUCAUGUCCUGCAGCAUGCCUAAAAGCACUCCUGAGCUCCUUUAUGCUCAUCAUACAGCCUUCAAGGCAGUCUGCAUCAAUUAGGGCCUUGAAGGACCAGAAUCAAGGUCGCUGGGCUUAAUCUGGUGCAGAUGAGUGUCAAUUUAGCUCAUGUCAUUUGACAGUAAUGCAACAGAUUCACUUAUUACUACAAGAACAAUAGCUGAACUGCUGCCAAGCUAUAAGGACACUUUGGGGCAGAACAACUUUGGCAGCUAAGUUCAGACCCCUUCAUGCCAGAGACAGGCAGCGCAGCCAUGUCAUCAUCUUUAUGGACAAAAGCGUUGCUUAGUUCUGACAUCAAGACACACAUCUAAGUUCAGAUAAUUUUAGAUUCUGUUAUGGAAUCUAUUCCCCUAUCUAGGGAUGCCCAAAUGUUAUUCUCUUUCCUUCUGUAAGCUCCAACUUCUGGGUUCCAUUUGUUUUAGAGACACCCACGUGUAGCUAUUCAGUUUCCACAUAUUUGAAUCUGGAGAUGGGUAUCUCCUGGAUAAAAGAGAAUUACUUGUCUGUAAUUCUUGCUCACUGAAGAUGGUCAGUUUUGGAUUAACAGUCCCCAACCCUGACUCCUCCCCCAAGUUUGGUGGUUCUGUAAUUUGUAUGCACACAUAAUUGGCUCCUUCUAAGAGUUACCACUUCUUCUUUCAAAGGAAACCUCAUUUGGGCUUUUAGGUUCUUUCCCAAUACAAUAAUAAACUGACAUUGGAUUGUAGGUGUUGGGAAUAGGACAGCAUAGCAAGUGUUUGAGACAUACCUUUUGGAUGCCUCAGAGGCUCAAAUCUUAAACUAUGGGAGUUCCUGACUGGUCUCAUGCAGGAAGCGUUGACUCAAAAAUGGGAAUCGAUAGAGAUGGCUGUACUUAAGAGACCAAGAAUUACAGGUAGGUAAUCUUCUCUCUCCUUUUCUUUAUAGGUUUGGAAGAGCAACAUUCUAAGAUACUGAAAAAUCUGGACUUUUAAUUGUAUACUUCCUAAAGAAAUAUAAGGCGUCGAAAAUUGUAGCCUCCUUGCAAUUUAUUUUAUGGUAUCUGUACCUCUUACUUUUUUCUGUAUUUUAUAUUCAAGAAACACCAUGAGCACAACUCAAAGAAAACGUCGUGGAGGAGCCAUCAAUUCUAGGCAAACUCGAAAACGAAACAGACUGGUAGCUUCAGCUACAGAAAUGGCUUCAGAAGCAGAGCCAAUAGAACUUGAAGAAAGUGCUGGUGAAGAAGUAGUAGAUCUCACAUGUGAAUCUUCUGAACCUGUAGUAGUUGAUCUAACUCACAAUGAUUCUGUUGUGGUAAGUAACUAUUGGUGCACUUAUCCAAAUACUCUAGUCAAAUUAG